UAAACAUAUAUAUCUCGUGAGUAAAAGAAAUGGGUAGGGAGGGAGUACCAUUGAUAGAUAUACAAAAUAUUGAUCAACAGGGAUUGGCAAAAGAAAUAGUAAAGGUGUGCGAGGAAUGGGGUUGCUUUCGGAUGGUCAACCAUGGUGUCCCAACCGAGCUCAUGGCGGAGAUGAAGCUAGUGGUUGCCUCACUCUUUGAUCUCCCUACCGAGAUCAAGUCGCGUACGACUAGUUCUGUGUAUGGCAAGGGUUACAUCGCACGUAACCCAAUAACCCCGUUCUUUGAGAGUUUUAGUAUUGAUGACAUUUCUAGUUCUAGUACUAAUGAGUUUUGUGAUCAUCUUGCUAUUUCCCCUUACCAAAGGGAGGUUAUAAACAAAUAUACGAAAGCUAUUCGUGAUCUUGCUGGAAUUCUUGGCCACAAGUUGAAGGAAGGCAGUGGUUUAUCUGGGGAUCUUUUUGAUGAUCAAUGGUGUUGCCAAUUUAGAAUGAAUAAAUAUCACUACACAAGUGAAAGCAUUGGAAAACCCGGGAUCCAUAUGCACUCUGAUCCUUCAUUUUUAACAGUUUUACUAGAUGAUUACGACGUAAAUGGCCUUCAAAUCGUGGAUAAAAACACUGGUGAUUUUGUUCCACUUGACCCUGUUCCUGGUACACUUGUAGCCAACAUCGGGGACAUUGGCAAGGCAUGGAGCAACGGAAGAUAUUGCAGUGCGAAACAUAGAGUGUGGUGUUUUGAAGCCAAAACACGAUACUCAAUGGCUUUAUUUGUUUUGGGUCCGAAAGAUAAGAAAGUUGAAGCACCAUCUGAAUUCAUUGAAUCGGAUCAUAAACGUCUUUAUGUUCCCAUUGAAUUUGAGAAAUACAGACAAUUUCGGAUAUCUGCAAAGUUAAGCACUGAUGAUGCCCUUGACUUGUUUAGCAAAUCCGCGACAUGAUUAUCUUGCAUCUUGUAAUUAAUACGAGUAAUUACUUAAUUUACUGUAAUUCUUAUAUGUAAGUUGUUGUCGCUAAUCCCUUUCACUAAUGUUAUGCGUCACAUAGUAAUUUCCCACAAAUUACUAUAUGUUCCUUUCGAUAUGAUAUAUUAUAUGCAUCAAAUUUCUAUCUUUA